CCCUAAGCACCUCCAAUAUCCGAUUCCAGUCCAAUCUACCGAUAUUCCCGCGACACAGGAUGUUGCCACCAUAUCGACAUCCCAAUACCAAUCCACCUCCCAGCCGCAUCAAGAGAUACACAUACACCACUUCCCCUCCACCCAAACCGUCCAUACAUACACACACAUAUACCUACAUACAUACAUACGCCUCGCAUACAGCAUACCCACAAACACACACACACACACACACACACAAACCAGUGAGCAAACACCAACCAGCUAGUCCAUCCCCUCGCAAGGAUGUACCCGUCCGGACCUGUACCGGAACGGAGUACGCUAUGCAGCCCUCCCUAGUCCCCAAGGCAAAGCAAAGUAAAGUACCUACCCACACCUACCCAAGCUAGUCAGUCACCCUAGUGGUUGCCUUUUCCCCAUGGUUGCCUUGCCUUUUCCCCAUGCGACACCAUGCACGUUGCCGUGGAUAGCCCCUUCUUGGCGCCGCCGC